AGGGGAGGCGGGGGUGUAUGCCAAAAAAAAAAAGUUGCAGAACUUUUCCCCCAACUCUGUCGUGGAGGCGGGACCGGAGGGCGGUGCCUGCACCCUGAUUCGCCGCCGGCUCCGGUCUGGAGGCUCGGAUUGGCACGCGAGGUCCGGGGCCGGGAAGAGCGGGCGUGGGGGAGGGGAGCGGCCCUCCCCGACCGCGGGAUCGGCUCGCGCCGGGAGCGGGUUAAUUUCAAAUCGGGGGCUUGACUGCUCCUGGACGGUCACAUUCCCUCUGCCCGCCCGCCGGCCCGCCAGUCCCGGUCCCGGCUUUUCCCUCCGGCACCCACCUCGGCGCGGCGUAAGGACCGACUGACGGCCUGACACGCGGGCUCCCGAGCCUGAGCGGGGAAGGGGUGCCGAGGAGUCCCCGCUCAGCACCCGUCGGCUCCAACCGUGAGGUGAACUGACAGGAUAUUAAACUUUAUAAUUGGACUACCUGGACUACUUGAACCAUCAGAAUAUUGGGAGGAACUCCAGAUUUUUCAUUUUUAAAGAAACUCUAAAUGUAUGAGAAAUUUACAGAAUGGAGAAUGAAAAGGAGAACCUCUUUUUCGAGCCACAUAAAAGGGGAUUGAUGAAAACACCCCUGAAAGAAUCCACUGCUGCAAAUAGAGUGUUGGCGGAGAUCCAGCCUGACUUUGGCCCUUUAACCACACCCACCAAGCCCAAGGAAAUCUCCCCAGGAGAACCGUGGACACCAACAGCCAACCUCAAAAUGCUUAUCAGUGCUGUGAGCCCCGAGAUCCGCAACAGAGAUCAGAAAAGGGGUUUGUUUGACAAUAGAAACGGAUUACCUGAGGCCAAAGACUGUUUACACGAACACUUAUCUGGAGAUGAAUAUGAGAAAUCUCAACCCAGUCGAAAAGAGAAAAGUUUAGGAUUGUUGUGUCAUAAGUUCUUAGCUCGCUAUCCCAACUAUCCCAACCCUGCUGUGAAUAAUGACAUCUGUCUUGACGAAGUGGCCGAGGAACUUAAUGUCGAGCGCCGCCGCAUUUACGACAUCGUCAACGUCCUGGAGAGUUUACACAUGGUGAGCCGCCUCGCCAAAAACAGGUACACUUGGCACGGGCGACACAAUCUCAACCAAACCCUCGGGACUCUGAAAAGCGUCGGGGAGGAGAACAAGUACGCGGAACAGAUUAUGAUGAUCAAAAAGAAAGAAUACGAACAAGAGUUUGACUUCAGUAAGAGUUACAGUAUAGAGGAUCCGCUCAUCAAAGCAAACCCCAGCCAGAACGGACACUCAGACAUGUGUUUUGUCGAACUCCCUGGAGUGGAAUUUCGGGCAGCCUCUGUAAACAGCCGCAAAGACAAGUCUUUAAGAGUGAUGAGCCAGAAAUUUGUGAUGCUGUUUUUGGUUUCCACGCCUCAGAUAGUAAGCCUCGAAGUCGCUGCCAAAAUUUUAAUUGGGGAGGACCACGUGGAAGACUUGGAUAAAAGCAAAUUUAAAACAAAAAUUAGGAGGUUGUAUGAUAUAGCUAAUGUUCUGAGUAGCCUGGAUCUUAUCAAGAAAGUUCAUGUUACAGAGGAAAGAGGCCGAAAACCAGCUUUUAAAUGGACAGGCCCAGAAAUCAGUCCAAAUACCAGUGGGCUCAGCCCAGUCCUCCCUGUGGCUCCCUCUGAUCUGGAAGUGAGGCGAUCUUCAAAAGAGAACUGUGCCAAAAACCUCUUUUCCACCCGUGGGAAACCAAACUUCACUCGACACCCAUCUCUCAUUAAACUGGUAAAGAGCAUAGAAAGUGAUCGGAGAAAGAUAAAUUCUGCUCCCAGUAGCCCUAUUAAAACCAACAAAGCUGAGGCUUCUCAGAAUUCGGCACCCUUCCCAAGUAAAAUGGCUCAGCUCGCAGCUAUUUGCAAAAUGCAGCUAGAAGAGCAAUCAAGUGAACCCAGGAAAAAAGUGAAAUUACAGCUGGCAAGAUCUGGGCACUGCAAACCACUGGCCCCUCUGGACACGCCAGCAAAUACUGAGCUGGAGAUGACAGCACCGUCCCUCAUCCAGCCCCUGGGGGUUGUCCCCCUCAUCCCCAGCCCAUUGUCAUCGGCGGUACCCAUGAUCCUACCUCAGGCCCCUUCGGGCCCAUCGUAUGCCAUCUACUUGCAGCCUGCCCAAGCCCAAACCAUGACACCGCCCCAAGGUCUGAGCCCGACGGUCUCCUCCACCCCCUCCUCUAAAGCCAUGAGAUCAAAAGACUCCACAGAAGCCAUGACCGAGAAUACAGCCAGUGAUGCCGCAAAGCCCAGUGCCCCGACCAGGCCUGGAAGCUUGCUGCCAGGGCCGGAGAGACAAGGUACAAAGAACAAAGACAGGGAGCCUGCUGGGGAAAGAGGCGCCAAGAGGGCAAGCUUGCUCGAGGACAGCAGUUCCAAAAAGAAAUUUAAAGAAGACCAAAAAGGACUUGAAAAUGUCUCCGCAACUUUGUUCCCAUCAGGAUACCUAAUCCCUCUCACCCAGUGCUCAGCCCUGGGGGCAGAGUCCAUUUUGUCUAGUAAAGAAAACUCAGGUACACUUUCCCCAAACCACAGGAUCUACAGCUCCCCAAUCGCAGGUGUUAUUCCAGUGACAUCAUCUGAACUCACUGCUGUUAAUUUUCCCUCUUUUCAUGUAACACCUUUGAAGCUAAUGGUCUCACCAACUUCCGUGGCAGCCGUACCUGUCGGGAACAGCCCGGCUCUCACUUCGAGCCACGCCGUUCCCGUCCAGCACCCAAGCUCAGCCAUUGUAAACUUCACCCUGCAGCACCUGGGCCUCAUCUCCCCCAGUGUGCAGGUGUCUGCCAGCCCUGGGCCUGGAACCAUCCCCGUAUCUCCAAGAAUAGAGGCCGUUAGCAUCACCCCAGAAAAUGCAGGCACCCAGCAAGGAAGAGUCCCAAGGUAUGACUUGUCAGCCCCGAGCCAGAACCAAACAAAUGGACAAUCAGCUGCAAUGACUGGAGCACAGCAGCCUGUUCCUGUGACACCCAAAGGAUCCCAAUUAGUGGCCGAGAGUUUCUUCCGUACCCCAGGUGGACCCACAAAGCCAGCGGGCUCAUCCUGCGUAGAUUUCGAUGGUGCUAGUAAAACCUCCGUAGGGACUCUCUUUGUCCCACAGCGAAAACUGGAAGUCUCAACAGAUGUCCAUUAAUUGCCAGAUUUGGCUUCACUUAAUUUUCUAAAGAGUUGUAUAAUAGAGAAGAUGUACUCAGACUGAUUUGGAGAGCACAUUCUCUAAAAAAUACUGUAAAUACGUUGGGGAUUUGCUUAGUUUCAAAACAGACACUUGUUUUCCUACUUAUAUAUAUACACACAGAGAGAAAAUAUAUAUUUGUAUUAAGCGAAGUUCAGCUGUCAGUCCUACAAAAUAAAAGUAAAAUGUUGAACUAUGGUGUAUUAACUUCUAAGGGAAAAGGAUUCGUUUUUUUCAGGUGUGCCUAUACUAUUAUGCAGAGUAACUGUGUUAAAGUUUACUUCCCUUUGAGUGAAUAUGUGACAGGUCUAACACAGCAUCCUCUUCAACUUUGCACAAGGAAAACGCUGUGAUGUAUAAUGUAUUUUUAAAUAAGAGGGCUGUAGCUAUAUUUUUUUGUAAUUUCUUUCAUCUGUUGUCAUUGCAGUAUGUCUUUUUGUAACGUUCACAACAAUGCUCAAUCAAGUCUAUGGAAAAAUUAUUUAUAAAAUGUAUUUUCAAUCAUAAGUUGUUCAAAUUAAAACUCUUC